AUAAAGAAGCGGUUUGUUUUUUGUUUUUCGACCCUUCAUUUUCAGAGUUGUGUUCGACAUUUGUUCUUUGCGUUUUUAAAGUUAGUCAACGUAAUAAAUACAAAAUGUAAGGAUGAUAUUUUGCUGCUUACUGUCAAUUUAAGGUUGAUUCUGCAGGUUUAAUCGAAGUUUUAUCUCACAUGGCAAAGCAGGGAGUAUCAAGACUAAAGGUGGUCUCAUCAGGCAGACUGACAGCUUCUGGACGAGGACAAACACACAAGAAAAAGGUUGCUGGGACGUGUUUGUCUCCUCUUGAACCAGGAUAUUCACUUUAUUCUACAGACUCUGAAGACCAGGUGACAACAAUCCACAAGGGACUUGACCGAUGUGCUGCUUUACUCGAUGGGAUACUUCAAGCUGAACAAACUGAAUCCAAGCCCAAACCACAGGGAACAAAAACCUGCACCUUUAAGUCAAAACCCAAGAAUCUAUCAAGGAAAUUUGAGACCGACAACAAGAAAAAGCAUUGGAAUAAGACAAAGACGGCUAUACAUGCAAACAAAAGGCCAGCUCCAGUUCAGAAGAAGAUUCUAUCUGCCAAGUGUCAUGUAGGUUUGGCAGGGCAGCUGUGUAGUCGUAAUGAUCAGAGCUCUGGCAUCAGAAAGAAACAAGUGUCACAUGAUCAACCUUCAGGGCUGACCACAGAACACGGCCAGCAAAUCUCACUUCCACUGUCCAGCUCUCAGCCUGCUGCCAGCUGUAAUCAUCCAGGUCAGGUUCACACAUCUACUGUAUUUAACACUCGACUGACAACCUCCACACCUGCAAUGAGCCCCCAGAGACCAGGAUCAGCACCCACUGAACCUUUUACAUCAAAGUGUACAUUGAGCAGUGGUUGCCCAUCUGAAGAGUUUCAUCAGCUGAGGACAAUGAGUGCUGCCAUCCCAUCCUGCCCUCAUGGGUCUGUGGAAAUAUCUGGCAUUUCAAACAAGCAUGCUGCUACUUUCUCCAUGCCAUCAGCAGCUCAGCGACAGACUCCAGUUGCAGUUUCUCCUGUUCAUAAUGAAUCCUGCACUCCAGUACCAGCCAGCCCAGUCAGCAGUGUUCAUGAGCUGGGGUCUGUGGAGCCAAGUGUCUCAUUGGCAUCUUCCGUUGGAUCCUUGAGCUGUUCCUCGUCGACGUUAAUCGAAACACAAAUGUCCAUCCAACCUCAGGCUCAGACCACUCCUGAUGGAGCAGUACUGAUGGUUUGCAAUGGCCAGGGGAAUUUGAAAGAGGACAACGGUAGUGCAGAGGAUGAAAUGGAAAAGCAUGGGAAGGACAUUACUCCUGUCAGGGACAUCAGCUGUCAGACCAGCACUGAGACAUUAACAGCUCUGACUCACAAAACCAAAGCCAGUCCAGAGAAAACCGCACAGAAAGUCAUGACUGUUAAAUAUCUGCUGGGAGAGCUGAAGACUUUGGUUGCCAAUCAUGAUGGUGAUGCCGUGCGUCUGAUCUCCGAGGUGGAGCAGAACAUCUCACUUCUUCCUGUCAUGGUGGGCAGCACCAACAUCCAGGCUGAGAUUGCACUCGCCGUACAGCCACUCAGGAGCGAGAACGUACAGCUGCGAAGACGUUUGCGAAUCCUCAAUCAGCAGUUAUUGGAGAGAGAAAGAGCAGAACGGCAGACAAGACCAGAAGCCUGUGACAUGGAGGUGGUUGCGUUGAAGUCUCUGAACCUUACUCUACAAACUCAGUUAAAUGAAAGCCGUGAAGAGCUUGAUGUUGUACAACAGGAGAACAUGAGGCUGCGGAAAGCCGCGGAGGACAAAGACGGUAAUUUGAAGCACCUGAAAGACUUGUGCGAGUUGGAGAACAGUCGGCUAAGGCUGGAUGUGAGCGAGGCCUUAGCUGAGAUGCAGAGCUGCCAAAGUAAACUCAAAGAAUCUGAGACUGAAAAGAUGGCACUGAAUUUGAGUCUCCAGCAGAGGGAGGCAGAGAUCGGCAAACUGCAGGAUAUCAUCAGAAAUCUGCAGAAAAGUCAAACAAACGUGAGCUAUUCUCCUCACCAGGAUGUGCUUCAACCAAACUCCCAGCUCACUAAGAGUGUUCUGGAACUGCAUGAAGCUGCGGCAUCAGAUAAACCUUCAAAUUCAGUUAAAACCUACCUUCAGACUCUGGAGGACAUCAGACAGGCCUCUCCUUCCAACCACAUUAAAUGUAGGUCAGAGAAAUUACAUCCAGGUCAAACUGAUGGUAAAAACUAUGACAUUUUACUUUCAGAUACAAAAAUCUGCUUAAAAACAGAUAGAGAUAUACACAAACCAACCCUGGAAACCAUAGCUGAGGACAUGCCACAGUUAGAAGAUCAGAAAAAAACUGUGUUUGCUCCUUUAAGAGAGACUCCAUUGGUGCAGCUUGCUUGUAGUGAUCCAUUAACUCACUGUAAUCAGCAAAUAGCAGCCAGAAAUCACAGGAAAGAUGUGGAUGUUGAGCUGAAAUAUGUGGGCCGUGGUCUUGAAAAGCUGGACAUCUCUGGACUCCACAUUCAGAAUGCCACAUGUGAGGGCCGAGAUUAUCUUGGUGUGGGUUUACAUUUAAAUCAGCAAAAUAAUGGACUAAACAAUCAACCAGUGCAAACCCAACAUGUCCAUCGAUUCCCACGGUUGGCUGUUCAGUCUGCUUACACUGGACGACCUUCAGCGAUGGACAGCACUAUUUCCUCGUGUGAUAUUAAAUCUUUAGCCUCUGAUUGGAGCAUAAACUCCUGGUCCACAUUUAACACACAAGAUGAGCAGAAUUUCAGGGACGGGCUCGCAGCACUUGACGCCAGCAUAGAAAGUCUGCAGAAAACCCUGAAAGUUGAUCUAAACAAAUAAUUUGGUAUUUUAGCGUGCACUGCGUUUUUAGUUUGACUACAUGCAAUUAAUGGGUGUUUUUAUUUGUUUCCCUUUUUUUUUUUUUUUAAAUUAAAUUAUUAUAUGAAGUUAUUGUGUGGGACUAUUUUCAGGCGCUGUGUGGUAUCACUGCACUUGCUGUAGCCAUGGUAAGGCAGCAAAGUCUCUUGAUUAUUUCAUCGAAGUGAUAAUAUAGUUCCUAGCCAUCGUCCUUAAAUAUUGACUUCAUUUUCCAUUCAUCAGCGUGUAGAGAGGAGUCCAGCUUUGAAAAGAAUAAUAAUCUAAACUCUGGUCAUUUUUGAGCGAGAUUUUAAUCUCAAAGUAUAAUCCGCCAAAACUGGAGAUUGGCUGAAUGGAUUAGAAAAUGGUAAAACUCAGCUGUUUAACUCUAGAAAAUGAGCCCAUUUGGAGUGUUCCUUUAGUAAACUAGUUAAAGGGCCAUAAAACCCUCCCUGUCUCGGCAGGGUAUUUUUACACCUCUAGUUUGGAAAAAAAGGGGAGUUUCAGUAUGUGCACAUGCUGAUUUUUACUCUGGCGACACAAACACAGACGCAAAGUUAUUCGGAGAGCAGCUUUUACAGUGGAUCUGAGAACUGUGUGGAAUUGGAGGAUUUUUAGUUCAUAAUAUUGUAGUGAUAUUACUGUAAACUUAGUAUCUAAAUCAUUUUGACCAAGGGUGCACUCACAUAAUGCUAUCUGAAUCGUGCCCAGGCACAUUUCCCGUUUCGUUUAAGAAGUGCGAGUGCACUGAAUCAAGCUCAGGCACCGGAGGUUGGAAGAGGUUUGCUAGAACGCGGUUCAGUUGGGCUUUGUCACGGUACACUUGUAGUGUGACUGCGAAGCACGCCUGACCUAGAAACCGAAGACGAGACGUGACUUUUAAGGGACUGUUUCAUAUGGAUUUAUUAAUCAUUCUUAACUAUGACAGUUCACGUUUAUUGAGAAUUUAGUAAAAAGUAAGUCUUUUGCUUUUGAAGCACGUCAGCCUCAACUUCCGCAAACCUCCUAAUACCUGCAGCAUGAAGACUUUUAUGAUAAUUUAUGAGCGUUAGAUGUUCGGGAAAAUGUUUGACUGUGUGUCAUGGACUAAAAAUAAUACAUAACGAUAUAACUAAAGCAAUCUUUACUGUGCUGAGCGAAAGCGCUUUUCUUCCUAUUUAACUUAAGUCGCAUCAUCGAUAACAUAAGCGUGCUCCAGUUCAGUAGGUAAAAAAUGCAUUGUGAGUGCAGGUCGAGAGAAAGGAAAGGGGACAAUCGUACUUCGGUAACUGUACCUAUUGUGAGUACGCCCUAAGGUAUGUCUUAAGAGUUCCGCUGACGAUACUAACUAACUUUGCCUUCUGAAUAAACAUAAAGAACAUUAAUCACACACUUGCCAAAUCUGUAGAGACAGGACAAUCAACAUGUACUGGAACCGCGUCAUUUUUUUUUUUUUUAAAGAAAAUGAGUGGCAAAUCCGCAUUUCCAGAUUUAAAAAGCUCUCGGAUAAAAAAAAAUGUUCCUUACAAACAUAUUUUUGUCCCAUAUUAGCAGACCACUGUAAUCCAACUGCUUGGGUCCUCAUGCAGGCUGUGCUCUCAUCGCAGAGAAAUGGAAACAAAACCUUUAUUGCGGCACAUUUAUAAAUGGAACACUAACGACCCAUGUUGUGAACACUGCUACUUGUUUGAAGCACAGUUGGCAACACAACAUGGCGUCUCUCUGAACACUUUAACAGGUAAAGAGUCUUCUAAGUGAUAUCAUGCAUAUUAAUGAAGUUGCUUCUUAUUCACAAUAGAGCACACUGAUUGGUUAGAACCAAGUUUUACUUAUCAAUUAAAGAACAGAUGUGCUGAAAACUUAAUGAAGUCACUUAGUACUGGCCAGUACAGACAGCCAAUCUCCAUGCUAGAAUUUACACAAUGAUCUCAUCGCCGUGACACUGCUCCAAAAUUUCUUUUUAAAAUGGUAGAACGCAGGUUGUUAUGGUAAAUAAAUGUGUCCUAAUAGUGUUUUUAGCUGCGAGGGACACAUAUUACUGUCAACAUCUCAAAAAAUGUGUUUUUGGUGUUUCGUGACCCUUUAAGUACUACCAUUGAUCCGUUGAGAUGGUUUAAGCUGUUGAUCAAGAUAGCACAACAGCUUGAUUUUUGAAAAAAUAAUGCGUGGUUAUUGAUUGCUUCUGCCUUCAAUUAAAAUUUAUCCAGAGAUAGAACAAAAAAUAGAGGACCCCUUGAUGAACAAGUUAGCAGCUUGACCAUAGCUAAGUACAUGAAGCGCUAUUGGUUUAACUGUUAGAAUAAUUUGUAAUGACUUUAUGUGCUUUAUAUGGACUGCAGGAGCCCAGAACCUGAAUUUUAUACUCUUCUUUGGUUUUGUUCAGUUGACAAAGUAUCCAAAUAUUCAUUGCUUAAGUCACAAUAAACUGUUGUUUUGCUUUUCUACGGAGAUCCCAUUUGAGGGAAUAUUUUUGCCCGCCUGGGUUGCAUAGACCGAGUCUAGAAUGCAGCACGUUAGAAGAAACCAAAGUUCUCAGGAGAUAUCGGCCAAACUGAGGUGGGCAACCUCAGGGUUGAGGGCAGGAAGAGGGGAAUCCUAGGUCGAAGCCACCGAUGAGCCUGAUUAAGGGGAUGACAGACCACAGAGCUGCAAGCGAAGGGCUUGUAAUGGAUUACAGGACGUGUGCAGAUGGGCUUUCAGCUAAAUGGAUGUGUGGUGCUGGAAAGUUAAAGAUGGCCAGGCUGUGUUGAAGCAAGUUGAACUUUGCUUGACUCUCCAGGACACGGCCCUCCAGGACAGAGUUUGGACACCACUGUCUUUAAGGAUAAUCGGUAACAAUAUCAAUUUGCAGUUUGGGAGAAACAGGAACUGCUUAAGGAAAGAAGGGCAACCAAGUGGGAGCGGCAUAUUUGAGGGAUCUUCGAGGAAUAUUUGCAGCCUGUUUGGAAGUGGAGGUGCUGUUGGAUGUCAAGCUAAUUGUUUGCUUGCUUGAUGUCACAAUCUCAUAUGAAGACCCAGCUGGAGGACAAAAUGGCUUUCCUCUACUGACUGCCAUUCAUUUUUCCCAGGUCUCUGACCACUCAUGUGACGGGGAAAUAUGAACUUUAUGGCCAUGUUGACUACACCAGGCACUGUUUUAAAAUCAGGAAGGCUGGUUUUGGCUGGGAAUGACAUGACGGGUCAAGUUCAAGUAAAGAGCUUUUAUUGUGAAUUGUACCACACUGUAUAGCAAAAGCAGUACACCGUGAAAUGAGACAGUGCCGUUCCAGGGCCAAGAUAUUAGAUAAAAAACUACAAAAAAAAGAUACAUCAACAACAACACAUUACCAACGGUUAAAGAAUAAACAGUGCAACACAGACAGUGUAUCAAACAAUUCAAAAGAAGAAACGGAAGCAGAAGCAUUACAUUUACCUGUAAACACAGUUCCUUUGAUUAAGUGUGUGUGUUUGGAGGUAGUUCAGUUGAUGCGGCUGCUCAGGAUACUCUUGAAGGUCCCUCUAUAGAGCAUGUUCGGGAUGGAGAGAUGAGCUUUCCUUAGACAGCUACUGUUUUUUCAGGAUCUGAAAAAUCUCGACAGAUGAUGACAGUGUUGACGCACAGCACUAGAACUGGGUUAGUGUUGAGAAUCAGCUCUGGUUUUCUUGUUGCGGACACAUUUUCUCAGCAAUCCCUUACAAGAAGCUCAGGCACAAUGGUGUUUGUGAAAAAAUGCUGUGUUGGAGUGUCAUGAAAGGAAGGUCCACGAUCUGGCAGCCUGAGUUGACAUCCUUGCUUGAAUCAAGGCAGUAAAUGCAGAAAACUUUGGUUCUGCUUUGUCACUGAGGUGGCUGUGAAAAGGAGCUCAUGUGUAAAUGUUUCUAGCACAUCAGUCUGAGUUGCUCUAGAAAGGAAGCGCUCCCUUCACAAGAAUUUUUUGGACUAUUGAGAAUGGCAGCUCAGUGUUUGCCAGUUUUAAAACAGACCAUUUUUGAAGGUCCUUGCACUACAAGUCAAUUUAUUUCAGCUUCAUGCUUGCUGCUUCUGCUUGUUUCAAGUUUUAGGCAAUGACAUUUUCCGUCUCUUUUUUUCAUUGAUAAAAUGAACUCUGCGGGUGUGGCUUUGAGAGCCAGCUCUGGUCCAUUCAUGUCAGGCUGCCAGACACUGAGCUGAUGGAGGGGCUCUGAAACUGAGCUGACCUCCUCUUCAUUUCUUUAUUUGGUGACCUAAAACAAGCCCACAAAAUACUGGUUGGUCUACAUGCGUUAUGCUUGUUACACUUGUACAGUAUAUAAUAAACAUACUGUAUAAAAAUGCUAAAAAAAAAAAAAGAUAUAAGAAAAUGUAAUACCUUGAACCAGCGAUGGCUGCUGAGUUUCCCCAAAGCGAUCCUCUUCUUGGGGCUCCUCUGCAGGCAGGACUGGACCAGUUGGCAGUACUCUGUGGAGAAAGAUGGAGGAGUCUGAUUAUUAUUACCUAAACUACAUCUACUUGCUUUAAUAAUCACAAUCCAAACAAUAAGAUUUGAUGAUGCUGAAACAUGAAGGCCAAAACUGAUGAACAUCACUGAAUUAUUCCUCUGUGUCAUUUAGAUUUACAGUUGGCUUUCCUUGCUGACCAGCUCACCUUUUGACAAUCCAGAUUUGAUCCAAGUUCUUUCAUCUGUCAAGUCCAGGUAACUGUGUUUAGGAGGUUCUCCACACAGCAGUUCAUAUAGGAGAACCCCCAGUGACCAAACAGUUGCUGCUUUGCCAAAAUCCCUGCCACAAGAUCUAUAUUCGGGUGGACAGUAAUCUUCAAUCCCUGAAAAAAGAAGAUUUUCUUCAUUAGUGACAGUAAGAAAGCUGAUGCUGUUCAAAAUAUGGUGUUGAAGAAGUAAAAUCUCAAACUGCAGACUUGAACAAUACAAACCACAAAAUGUUGCAUAUGCUGAAGUCUUCAGAAGGUCACCGCAGCCAAAGUCGAUGAGUUUUACUUCAUGAGUUUCCUUGUUGAUCAGCAGUUUUUCUAGUUUAAUGUCCCGAUGGAGGACCCCUCGCUGACAGCACAUGUGGGCAGCCUGCACUACCUGCCACAUGAUGUGCCGCGCCAUGUUCUCGCUGAGGGUUCCUCCGUGCCGCUCCAGGAAAUCAAAAAGGUCUUCGCAGGGUGAGGGACGCUCCAAGAUCAUUGUGUAGGAGUCGGGACGCUCCUGCCACUCCAGCAUCUGGAUUAUCUGAGGAACGGUCUGACCAUUGUUGGCAAGAAUGGUUAGAGCAACCUCUAACGGAAGGGGUGUAGGAUGACCAGGCUGUAGAGGAAAGACAUUUGUUGUUAGUGAUGUUUAAAAUCCUUUUUGGCUCUAAUUAAUACAUCUUGAAAUAAAAACCAAGAGAGCUGCUUACAA